AUGCAAACUAUCGAGAAAGCUUUGCAUCAGCCGAUGCCGUUCACCACAGGCGGUCAAACCAUAUCCGACAGGUUAACGGCAGCUAAGCAUUCACUCGCUGGAAGUCAACUUGGAAAAACCAUAUGUAAGGCAACAACUGAGGAAUUGAUGGCUCCCAAAAAGAAGCAUCUUGACUCAGGUAGUCACGCCGAAAAGUUCUGUAGUCGGUUCCUGUGUACGUCAUUAUUUUCUAGAUAUGACAUGUCCCAGCACGUACGUAAGUACGGAAAGUAUAUUGGAGAGAAGAUAGCCACGUACCGAGUGUGCGCUUUCGACUUCUGCAAGGUGAAACGCGGCAGGGAGGAUGGGCUUCUACGCACUAUGCACACAGAUAAGCUCCUUAAAACGCUACCAAUUCUACAGAAUCAAAUUGAUGCCCUACUCGAGUUUCAGGUGUCUGCGAACGAACUUAAUAAUGGUGUCAUCAACUGUUCGUUUAUUCUUCUGUUUCGUGACCUCAUUCGUCUCUUCGCUUGCUACAAUGACGGAAUCAUAAACUUACUAGAAAAGUACUUCGAUAUGAACAAAAAACAGUGUCGCGAUGCGCUUGAUACGUAUAAAGGGUUCUUGACACGUUUGGAUAAGGUGUCCGAAUUUCUACGCGUGGCUGAAUCAGUUGGUAUAGAUCGAGGAGAAAUCCCUGAUCUAACUAGGGCACCGGCGAGUCUAUUGGAAGCACUGGAAGCUCACCUUACUCAUUUGGAGGGUGGCCGAGCUCCUUCAGUUGGUGUUCAUGACCAGUAUCCAUCCUACCAAGCACAAGUAGCUAAUUUUUCAAUGGUCGGUGGAUUUCAAAUGCAUCCACAUGUGGGGGACGCCGAACGUAACAGAUAUAUAGAAUUGGAGAAAGAGAGGCUACGUCAGUUUGAGGAACAGAAACGUCAACAGAAAUCACUUGGCAAGUUCACUCUGUCUUUGUUAUUGUGA